CCCCCAUAGCUGCUCGACCUGGCACAGUGUGGCUGUUCCUUGCCACUAUGUUUCGUGCCUAUUCUCCACACAUAAAAGCUCAACGUGGUGCAGGUGAAGGACAGCAGGUCCCUGAUAUGGGAGCCAAGCAGCGCAGGACUGAGCCCAGAUCAUCUUGGCCCAGAUGCAGAUGCCCUAUUCUGUGAACAACACUCUUCCUUUAUGUGGACAGCCCAGCUUCUCUUAGCUGAUGAAACUGGUAAUCUUUCUCAAGAUGCACGUGCUGCUUCCUGUUCACUGCUGUAUAAAACCCCAGUGCUGGCUCAGCCCAUCCUUCCCCGCACACCAGGACUGUUGGCAGGGUGGACGCAGCCUGCGAGGACUUGCUGUGCCAGGUUGGGAGCUGUCGGAGAAUGGAUUUCUCAAUGUACAAUUAUACCUCCAAUUAUUCUGGCCUUGAUGACUAUUCUAUAUAUGACCUUGAUGACUACGAAAUCCCUCACAGCUACCGGGCAAUUCUGGUGCUGUAUGCCAUCAUCUUCCUCCUGGGUGUGCUGGGCAAUGGAGCUGUCAUCUGGGUGACUGGCUUUGAGAUGAGGCGCACAGUGAAUGGUGUCUGGUUCCUCAACCUCUCCGUGGCCGACCUGCUCUGCUGCCUGGCCCUGCCCUUCCUGGCCCUGCCGCUGGCCCGCGACCACCACUGGCCGCUGGGCCACUUUGCCUGCAAGCUGCUGCCCUCCCUCACCAUCCUGAACAUGUUUGCCAGCGUGCUGCUGCUGAUGGCCAUCAGCGGGGACCGCUGCGCCCUGGUGACGCGGCCAGUGUGGUGCCAGAACCACCGGACACCGGGGCUGGCGCGGGCAGUCUGUGCUGCUGCCUGGGGCCUGGCAGCGCUCCUCACCAUUCCAUCCUUCGUCUUUCGGACAACGCGCUCUGAUGUCUUCUCUGAUAAGAAGACUUGCGUGCUGGAUUAUGCAUUGGUUGGGCAUCACCAGCGCCUCACUGAGCUCUUCACGGCUGUCUUCCGUUUCCUCUGUGGCUUCUUGGUGCCCUUUGUGGUGAUCACGGUUUGCUACAGCCUGCUGCUGGCCCGUGUCCACAGCAAGGGCUUUGCCCGCUCUCAGAAAGCCAUUAAGCUUAUCCUUGUAGUGAUAGUCAGCUUCUUUGUGUGUUGGCUGCCUUACCACAUCGUGGGGCUGAUCCUGGCCUCUACCCUUCCACACACGAGCUUGUUCAAGGGUGCCUUGGAAGCAGACCCCAUUGUCGCCGGCAUAGCCUACAUCAACAGCUGCCUCAACCCCAUCAUCUACGUCAUCAUGGGCCAGGAUUUCAAGGACAAGUUCCAGCGCUCCUGGAGAGCUGUGCUGCGCAGCGUGCUGAGUGAGGAUUCCCCCAGCACCAUGGGAGACAGCAGGAUGAAGACCAAGUCCACAGUGGAUGACCAGAGCGUCAGCACCAACGUGUGACUUCGCAUGGCUCCUGUUGAGAUGUCUCCAGGGUACUAGCUGGGAACAGCUCCAGGGGAGUGCUGCCUCCUGCCCUCCCGAACCCAUUUCAUUUGGGGGUGUAACCCUCUCCUGGGGGUCUGGGUGGCCACUAAGAGAGAAGAUGCAUCUUUCACCCUCCUUCCCUGCUGGGAACCGGCUACUUUGCUUGAGUGUUGGGGAAGCUGGAGAGUUAAAGCAGCUCACGUGCCAUCAAAUUUUGUGCAUCCAAAUACCCAGAUCCUCUCUGCCUAGGGGCCCCUUCAUGGCUUUCUCUGUGGCUGCAACCCACCCAGUGGUAAAAAGACUCAUUAGAGUGGUUCUUUUUCUUGCAGGCAGCUGUCCCAUUUCUCCUCCAGGCCAAGCUUUGACCCCGUCUCCUGUCUCCAGGUCGCAGUACUGUGCCCUGUGCCAGGUCCCCUCUCGGCCCCAUAAGGGCUGUGCUGCCUGGCAAACCCUGAGCCCCCCUUCCCUGCAAGCAGGCCAGGGCUUACAGUCAGGGAGGUCAGAGAUGAACUCCAUGUGGUGAACUUUCCUUGAGCCAUCCAGCGCUCCCGAGCCUUUGGAGUCAGCCCUCCCACAGACUUAGGUCCUCCCUGGUACGCAGGGGCUUGGCGUGUCUCCUUCCCAUCCCAUUGGAAGGGGCCUGCUGGCUCAGCCCUGCUUUGUUACUGUAGAUG